AUGUCAGACUUUCCUAUCGUCCUCGUCAAAAACUUACCCUACUCCAGCUCCACGGAUUCCUUGUAUGAGCUAUUUGGCAAAUUUGGGAACGUGCACCAAAUACGAAUCAGUGAUGGCCUGUCGGAAGAUGCUCCUAAAGGUACUUGUAUUGUGAUUUUCACCAACUUGGUCAGUGCUCAAAAAGCAGUUCAAGGUGCCAAUGGUAUCAAUUUUCAAGGCAGGUACCUUGUGGUGCUGAUGUAUGCCGUUGAUAUUUCCAAACUCGAUCGCCAGCAGUACGCUAUACGAGCAGACCGACUUGAAAAGUUGAAACAAGAGCAUGGAAUACAGUAG